UUGUUUAAUAUGAUAUAAUUAAUAUUCCUCCCUCUGACCUUCUCGAUAAAUCUUCCGUCUUAAGAUUCUAAACCCCCUCUCUCUCUCCUCCUUCAUAUUCUUAUCCCCUCUCCUCGCUUCGCUUCACAAGAAAAUCUCUUCAUUCCUCCUCACACAGAUCGGUUUUCCGAAAUCAAUUCUUUUUGGCGAAGACGACGACGAUCUGAUCUAAUCGAAUCCGAUUGGCGAAUUUAAGAAAAACAAGAUCUUGAGGCGAAAUUGUAAGCAGACAUGGCGGAAGAGCACAGAUGCGAAGCCCCAGAAGGCCACCACCUCUGCGCAAACAACUGCGGAUUCUUCGGCAGCCCGGCCACCAUGAACCUCUGCUCCAAAUGCUACAGAGACUUCUGCCUCAAGGAGCAGCAGCAGGCGUCGAUCAAAUCCACCGUCGAAGCCUCCCUCUCCGCCUCCGCUGCCGAUGCCGCUUCUUCCUCUCUCUCCGCUCCUUCUUCCCCUCCUUCAACAUCCUUGCCUGCCUCUCCGGCAGCGAUCGAGACUCUCUGCCAACCUCCGCCCCCGGCCUUGACUUUGCCGGAGGUAGCCGGAGAUAUAAUCGGUGAGCCCGCUGAAGUUGUUCGGGCUCCUGAGGUGGCUACGGUGGUGUCGCAGCCGAACCGGUGCACCGUUUGCAGGAAACGGGUCGGGUUGACCGGGUUCAAGUGCAGGUGCGGGACCACGUUCUGCGGGGUUCACAGGUACCCCGAGAAGCACGCGUGCUCGUUCGAUUUCAAGACCCUCGGGAGGGAGGAGAUCGCCAGGAGCAACCCGUUGGUCAUAGCCGAGAAGCUCGAGAAGAUUUGAUCCGGUCCGUCGGAUCUAACACCUUUGUCAAAAUUCAAAUCGCUGAUCGGCGGGUUUCAAUCAAUCAGGCUGUCCGCGGAACUGACGAUAUGAUCAGGACCGUUCAUCGAGCACGCGUGGGAAUUAAGCUGAUAUAAAUAUAUUUUCUUUUUCCCCUAGCUUUUUAAUUUAAUUUUAUAUUAGCUUUUACUAUAAGUUAUUGUGGGAUUUGGCUUGUAAGUUAAAAAACCAAAAAAAAAAAAAAAAAACGAAUUUCUUGUUUGGGAGUGAAAUUUCGGGUAGAAUUUCCGUGUCGA